UGGCGCUGAGUUGAGUGAGUUGAAUGGAGCGAGUUUUUCUGUAACAAAACCGAAAAAGGGCGGGACUGGGACUGGGACUGGGACUGGGACUGGGACUGGGACUGAGACUGAGAGGGAUAGUGAAGAUGAGUACCGUUGAUAAAAUGUUGAUUAAGGGGAUUCGGAGCUUCGACCCAGAGAAUAAGAACGUCAUCACCUUCUUUAAGCCAUUAACCCUAAUUGUCGGUCCUAAUGGUGCUGGCAAAACCACGAUCAUAGAGUGUUUGAAACUUUCAUGCACAGGUGAGUUGCCUCCUAACGCCAGGUCUGGCCACAGCUUCAUUCACGACCCCAAGGUUGCAGGAGAAACCGAAACGAAGGGACAGAUUAAGCUCCGAUUUAAAACGGCCGCCGGCAAAGAUGUCGUUUGCGUGAGGUCGUUUCAGCUGACGCAAAAGGCUUCGAAAAUGGAAUACAAGGCAAUAGAGAGUGUGCUUCAAACUAUUAAUCCUCACACAGGCGAGAAAGUUUGCCUCAGCUAUAGAUGCGCUGACAUGGAUCGAGAGAUUCCCGCGCUCAUGGGCGUUUCCAAGGCCAUUCUCGAAAAUGUUAUAUUCGUUCACCAAGACGAAGCCAACUGGCCACUCCAGGAUCCUUCCACCUUGAAGAAGAAGUUCGACGAUAUUUUUUCGGCAACUCGAUACACCAAGGCACUGGAAGUUAUAAAGAAACUUCACAAGGAGCAGGGUCACGAGAUAAAGACUUAUAAGCUGAAACUGGAAAAUCUUCAGACUCUCAAAGAUGCUGCUUACAAGCUUCGGGAAAGCAUUGCACAGGAUCAAGAGAAAACAGAGUCUGUAAAAUGUCAAGUGCAACAGUUGGAUGGGAAUAUUAAAAAAUUGGAUGAUAAAAUUCGUCAUGCGGAGAAAACAAUUCAAGAUUUGCGGAAGCUGCAAGAGCAGAUAUCAACAAAAACUGCUCAACGAAGCACUCUGUUUAAGGAACAACAGAAACAAUAUGCAGCUCUUCCCGAGGAGAAUGAAGACACUGAUGAGGAGUUGAUGGAAUGGAAGACCAAGUUUGAAGAAAGAAUUGCAAUUUUAGAAGCAAAAGUAAAAAGGCUGGAAAGAGAGUGGACUGACACUGAUGAUAAAAGUUCCAUCCUUCAGAAGACCAUUCCUCAUUUCAUCCAUGAGAUUAGCAAGCUACAAAAUGAAGCAGAUGCUCACUUGUCUUUGAAGAAUGAACGUGAUUCCUCCAUUCAGAGUCUUUUUGCUAGAUAUAAUUUAGGAUCUCUUCCAAAGUCACCAUUCAGUGAUGAGGUUGUUUUAAACCUCACUAAUCGUGUAAAAUUGAGGUUGGCAGAUCUUGAGAAGGAUCUGGGUGAUAAAAAGAAAGCGAAUGACAAUGAACUCAAUAUGGCAUGGGAUUGCUACAUGAAUGCAAAUGACCGUUGGAAAGAUACUGAGGCUGAAAAAAAGGCUAAGACAGAGAUCAAGAGUGGCAUUUUGAAGCGAAUUGAAGAGAAGAAAAAUGAGCUUGAUAAAUCUGAACUUGAAAUACCUAAUUUAAACUUCUCUCAUAUAGAUGAAAGAGAAAGAAAUUUGGGAAAGGAGGUUGAGAGGAAGGCAAACCAACUUGAUGAAAGACAAUUUGAACCAAAUAUACGUCAGUUGCAAAAUGAGAUAUAUAGUGUAGAUCAAAAGAUUAAGGCUGUCAAUCGAGAGAAGGAGGUCAUGUCUUCUGAUUCAGAGAACAGAGUUAAGAUAUCUUAUAAGAAGGCAGAAUUAGAAAAUCAGAAGAAGAAACAUAAAAAGAUAAUUGAUGAUCAAAAGGACAAAAUAAGAAAGGUGCUGAAAGGGAGGGUCCCUCUUGACAAGGAUGUGAAGAAGGAAGUUACACAAGCAUUAAGGGCUGUUGGAGCUGAAUUUGAUGAUCUGAAUGCCAAAUACCGUGAAGCUGAGAAAGAAGUCAAUAUGUUGCAGAUGAAAAUACAAGAGGUUAAUAAUAACCUAUCCAAACACCACAAGGAUUUGGAAUCAAGAAAGAGAUUUAUUGAAUCCAAGCUUCAGUCUUUGGAUCAGCAAUGUUCUGGAAUUGAUUCUUAUCUCAAAGUUUUAGAGUCUGCCAAGGAGAAAAGAGAAGUCCAGAGAAGCAAAUAUAAUAUUGCUGAUGGUAUGCGGCAAAUGUUUGAUCCUUUUGAAAGGGUUGCAAGAGCUCAUCAUGUUUGUCCUUGCUGUGAGCGCUCCUUCUCUUCAGAAGAAGAAGACGAUUUUGUCAAGAAGCAAAGAGUGAAGGCUGCUAGUUCAGCUGAGCAUAUGAAAGUUCUCGCUGUGGAGUCCUCAAAUGCAGAGUCUCAUUAUCAGCAGCUGGAUAAGCUUCGUUUGGUUUAUGAAGAUUAUGUUAAACUUGGCAAGGAGACAAUUCCAAAUGCCGAAAAGGAACUUCAACAACUUAAAGAAGAGAUGGAUGACAAAUCUCAGGCUCUUGACGAUGUUUUAGGUGUUUUAGCACAAAUAAAGACAGACAAGGAUUUGGUUGAGACAUUGGUGCAACCUGUUGAAAAUGCUGACCGGCUUUUCCUAGAAAUUCAACAUUUGCAAAAGGAAGUUGAGGAAUUAGAAUAUAAGCUUGAUUUUCGAGGACAGGGAGUGAGGACUCUGGAGGAGAUUCAAUUUGAGCUUAACACAUUGCAGAGAACAAAGGACAAUUUGCAAUCUGAAUUGGAGAGGCUGAGGGAUGAAGAAAGGCAUAUGGAGAAUGAUCUAUCAAAUAUUCGAUUACGGUGGCACAGUCUAAGGGAGGAAAAAGUGAAAGCAACUGCCAUAUUGGAAAAUGUUAAAAGAUUAGAAGAAGAAUUGGAACGGUUAACUGAAGAAAAGACCCAAGUUGAUCUUGAUGAGAAGCAUUUGGCAGAAGCUCUCAGACCUUUAUCCAAGGAGAAAGAUAAAUUACUUGCUGACCAUAAUGAACUGAAAAUUAGACUCAGUCGCGAGUAUGAGAAUCUGGCUGAACAAAAGAGAACUUAUCAACAAGAAGCUGAUGCAAUUUUUAAAAUGAAUUCCAAGAUUAAAGAGUAUUCUGAGUUAAAGAAAGGAGACAGGUUGAAGGAGCUGCAGGAAAAGAAAUCUCUAUCAGAAUCUCAACUUCAAAGUUGUGAUACCAGGAAGCAGGAAAUUUCAGCUGAACUAAACAAAAGUAAAGAUUUGAUACGAAAUCAAGAUCAAUUAAAAAGAAAUAUUGAGGACAACUUAAAUUAUAGGAAAACAAAGGCUGAAGUAGAUGAGCUAACACAUGAAAUUGAAACACUAGAAGAAAAUAUACUGAAGGCUGGUGGGAUUUCUCCGGUUGAAACUGAACUCCAGAAACUAAAACAGGAGAGGGAGAGACUUCUUUCAGAGAUGAACAGGUGCCAUGGAACAAUGUCUGUUUACCAAAGCAAUAUUUCCAAAAAUAAAGUUGAUCUUAAGCAGGCUCAAUACAAGGACAUAGAUAAGCGAUACUUUGAUCAGCUUAUCCAGCUUAAGACAACUGAAAUGGCCAACAAGGAUCUGGAUAAAUACUACAAUGCACUUGAUAAAGCAUUGAUGCGCUUUCACGCAAUGAAAAUGGAAGAAAUCAACAAAAUUAUAAGGGAAUUAUGGCAGCAAACUUAUCGAGGACAAGAUAUAGACUACAUUAGUAUUCAUUCAGACUCCGAAGGUGCAGGGACUCGUUCUUACAGUUACAAGGUUCUCAUGCAAACUGGAGAUGCAGAGUUGGAGAUGAGAGGAAGAUGUAGUGCAGGUCAGAAGGUUCUGGCAUCUCUUAUCAUACGGUUGGCUUUAGCUGAAACGUUUUGUCUCAAUUGUGGAAUACUCGCACUGGAUGAACCUACCACAAAUUUAGAUGGACCAAAUGCCGAAAGUCUGGCUGCAGCUCUCGUAAGGAUCAUGGAGGACAGGAAAGGCCAGGAAAAUUUUCAGCUAAUUGUAAUCACUCAUGAUGAGCGUUUUGCUCAACUGAUUGGUCAGCGCCAGCAUGCAGAGAGAUAUUAUCGUGUCGCCAAAGAUGACCUUCAGCAUAGUAUAAUCGAAAGUCAGGAGAUAUUUGACUGAAGGACGGAUUUUAUAUGGUUGGUAGUUACUCAUCCAAAUUGUUUGUCGGUGGACUGGCGGAAUGCAAAACCUUUCAAAACCUUUAGCAUUCAACCUUUGGCAUCCCUUCAAAUCAUUUAAAAUCAUUUAUGCUGUAGAUACGUGGCCUGAUCCUAGUUAAUUAAGAAAUUUUAAAGCUGAAGUAUGACCGCAAUUUGUACAAGAAUUUUUUGUUUAGCGGUGGUUUUACGUAUUUGGUCGAUUUAUUGCAUGGAUGGUCCCCGUUAUUGUAGGCCAGUAAAUCAGAAUAGUGAUAUGAAAACAAAACAGGGUCAUUUUAUUAUUUUUCACAGGAUAAUUUGUAUGGCUAUUCAAAAUAAACAAAAGCUCUCCAAGACAUUGGCAUA